AUGAAACGUAAACACUCCAUAACGGAGAGUAAUGCAACAAGAUUUGUCAUAGAUCGAAAUGACGCGGUACUAACGCUCGAAGGAUGUCCGGACGAAAUAUUAUUGUUGAUAUUGUCUUACUGCUCUCCAUUGGAUCUGUAUCAAGAACUGCUCAAUUUAAAUUCACGUUUUCGUCGUAUUAUCCUUGAUCCAAUUCAAAUGAAAUUAAAUAAACUCGAUUUUAGUAGCAAUCUGUCCAAAACAGAUUUCCAUCGUUUAUGUCAACUAUCGAUGGUUAAUCCAUCUGAAGUUGAAUACUUACGUCUAUCAAAUAGUGGCAUGUACGGUGCUGUUCACGUAUUUCUCAAGUCAUCUCGUUUCGGUCGUAUUCUAUCUCAGUUUGUUAAUCUAAAAUCUCUCGUACUUGUUGAGUUAACUGAGGCACAGUUGAACGAGGUUGUUGAUAAAGUCCUACAACAUUCAAUCGAAUAUUUGUCGAUUCAGACAAGGUUUACUCUUAAGACCGACAUCAUACUUUCUGUUCAGACACUAAAAUCAUUUUCAUUGUCGUUGCUGAAUACAGAUGAAGUGUUCGAUUUUGGUUCGUGUUGGAUGCUCUCCAGAUCAAACAUUAGUUCGUUAUCAAUUGAUAAUGGAUGCUCUUAUCCAUCAUGUCUAAUCCUUUUUCGCUUUCUACCAAAUCUUCGCUCAUUAAAUAUUUGUAUCACACAUUUCGAUUCCGAGCAAGCACCGCCGAUUAAUCUCAAAUAUUCAACUGGUCCACUGCCGAAAUUGACACAUUUCGCAUUGAAGAAUGGAUGUGGUGUUCCCUACCAUUGUAUGGAAUCACUCAUUAAACUCACUGGAUCAAAUCUUACACAUUUAUUGUAUACAUGCCCGAAAGUUCAUGAUAUCUCCGAGAUGACUGGCGAACGAAUAAAGACUCAACUUCUGUCAGCUUUGCCAAAACUGAAAGCAUUUCACUACAAUUGUACCUAUUUAAAUGUGCCUGCCACACUUGAUUUUUGCUGCAUCGCACUAUCAUUUCAACAAAUAACACGAUGGAAUUUUCAAUGCGAUUAUCAAGCAGAACGGGGAGAAGCUCAUGUUUACACGGUACCAUUGACAAAAACAAAAUAUUUCAAAACAAAUUUAUAUCAAACGCACACAAAUUAUGAGUCAACUGCACGGUAUACUUCCUUUCAGUGUUUUAAAGAUAUUGCAUGA